UAUCCGCAAUAUAAUAGGAGGUGAAUUGUAUGCCACCGUGAGGUACAUCCGACAAUUAUUCGACUUUUGACAGGACGAGUGGAACAAAGGUAAACAAGAGCUAUUUAUCGAUAAAAGAGAAUGAAAAAUGGAAAACAACAACAACCGUCCUUUUGAGAGUGAUUUCGACGAACAAAACUUUACACACGACAACCAAACCAAUGGGACCACUAAAGAAAUAUUUGAUCGUCGGAGUGACAUUGAUCGGAAAAACCUUGAUGAAACAUACGUACGCUCGGGAAUAACGUGGGAUACGUACGGUGAAUGCAAAGUCUGCAGUAAAGAAUGCCGUCGACGUUGCGAGAAAUGCCCUUGGAUAUUUUAUUGCUGCAGAGAACAUCAAUUGGAACAUUGGCCUGAUCAUAAGAAAAAUUGCAAGUACAUCGACUGGGGCGAAGAUGGAAUUGCACGAGCUGGAAAAGAUUUGGCAGAAGGAACAGUUAUUUUGGAAAAAUCUACAAUCUUUGUAUCUCCCAGAUACCACACCGAAGCCGAAGCGAAUCUAUUAACCAGCGACGAUUAUGCGCAAAGUGACGGUAUUUUGCGUCCAUGUUUCGGAUGUCACAUGCUAAUACCGCCCUAUUUUAACGAAACAUUUGUGUGCCACAUCUGCAAAUUUCCCAUUCAUAAUGCGGCUUGUGCAGCAAGCCCAUGGCAUGUGGCCGAAUGUCAAAUUUUGAAGAGAAUACACAUACGGAGUUGGUACAAGGACAUUGGAUCCAGUAAAGAUGUUAUGUUACGUCUGGCCGUUCUGCGCGGAGUUUUACUUAAAAAUCGAAAUUCGACGGUCUGGACGAAGAUCAUGUCAUUGGAGUCGGAUUCGAUUUAUCUCUUAGCAGAGGAUCUGAAGCAGUCCAUUCUUUGUUUCGUUUUAGAUGUGUGCAAAGUGGAAGGAGUCGAUGAGGAUGAUGUGGUCAAAUUUCUCACCAUUUUCGUGAAGCAAAGACUGAAUUGUACGUUGCCAUGUAAUACUAACAAAAGAUUGGUGAGCGUUUUAUGUUCCGGUAUCAUACCGUUUACGCUGGUCAAUGACCAAAAUGCAAACAUCCAAGGUGGUAUCAUUGAUUAUCGGAUGCGGAUGGCUUUUCGUACGGUUAAACCUGUUCAAAAGGGAGAUAUUCUCACUAUCGGGCGUGGUGGAUCUUAAUGUUUCGAUUCUGUGCUUUUAUCUAUAAACCCACGAUAGAGCUUGAAGUGAAAUUAUACAUUCGGUGGCUGUUUUGGCUGUACUAGACACGAUAUCCACAAUUUUGUCCGUACAAAAAAAAAAUUCUCAAAAUACCCCCAGCCAAUGCACACAAUAAUUUGUAAAUCACAUCCAGCUUUUGAAUCGAAAAUAAAGUGUUCAAAUUCGAUAAA